CGAUGAUCCGAACCACAGGAAACCAAGAUAGGAGACGGUUGUUUCAUUGUUUCCCUUUUUUUGCCCUUCGCCCAUCCCCAGCAAGACGUGUCCCCCGUAGGUAUUCUCUGUUCUCUCUCUGCUUCCCCGCCUCGGUCAUCAGUCAUCAGCAUUUAUUUGUGUUCUUUCCAGGCCCCGCUUUGGCAGUGGCACGGGGAACAACUGCUCUUCUUGGACAUAGCUUCCAAGAUAACGCCGAGGGUGAAUUGUACGAAGUUGUAAAAAUAUUUUGUGUUUCGCCGCACGUGAUCAUGACGAGUGAUGAUGCUUCUGAGGAAGUGGUUUCGGUGGAGGUUUUGUGGGUCGGCAUGGUGAUUCUGGCCGUGCUGCUGAUGCUGCCGGCGAGAUGGGGUGCUGGCUCGUCUAUCAGAAAAGCAUCUCGGGCACCGGGGUCGUCAUCGUCACGCCGCACGGGCAGCACCGGCACCAGCACCAGCACCCAUGGUUGUUCGACUGCCGCCGCGCUCGAGAAACGAGCGGAAGAGCUUGAGGCGGCAGGAGACUUGGACGGAGCAAUGGAGGCUCUUCUCGCCUCUCAUGACCAGGGCUCCUCGAGGGCCGUUACGCUGGCGCACGAGCUGUCCCAGCGACAUCCCGUGGGAGCAUUAGGAGGGAAUAGAUGCCCGCUGAGCAUUCGGUCUCCUCGGCGGAAGGUGGGUGGUGGCGUGGAAGCUGGGGCUUCACCCGAUCCCGAGGCUUCGUCCGCUGCUGUUGCUGAUGCCGAUGCCGCGGCUCCUGCCGCCGUCUCUGUCGUCGCCCCUGUCUGUGCGGCUGCUUUGACCUCCCUAGCUAGCGAGGUCCUUGCUGAUGACAACAACGACGGCGUAACAAGCGUGCCGGAAGAGCAUUGUAAGCGAUCACUACCAUCGGGCGAAGAACGAAGACAUGUUACUCUUAGCGGUGAAAGCGCCAGCGCGACAGCGGCAGGACCAGCAAGCCAGUCGGCCGCGACGACAGCAACGGGGGCCCUGGAGCCUGGAAAAAGGAUCGACCAUGGUGGCGGCGAACCCACCACGACUACUCUACUGCCUUGGGAGAGAGGCUGGCAGGGAAGAGAGGGCUUCAAGCCACCGCCGUCGUCGUCAGCACUCGCCGACACGGGCUCGUCCGCUAGUCGCGAUGCUGCCGGAACGGCGGCGGCGUUCGGAGCUGGCUUGUCGCCGUCGUCCUCGUCGUUUGCAGAGACGGGCGUCCAGAGCGACGAUGCUCUGGACGUUGGAGACGCGGAGGCGACGAAGUUGGCGAGGCGGAACUUCACGGUGCGGCAGCUGAAUGCUUUCGACGGGGGCUGCUCGGCUCCGAGGAUGAGGGGAGGGGAGGCAAGAGCAGGAAAGCAACGCCCCAUCUACAUCGCCCUGAAAGGGGAGGUAUACGACGCGUCUGCGGGGAGACAUCUUUACGGCCCGGGAGGCGAAUACUCCGAGUUCGCCGGUCACGACAUAUCCAGAAGAGUAGCGCACGGUGCAUCACACAGUGACAGAUCCAGCAACACCCUCUUGGACGACCUGUCUCUCGAAAACUUAGGCCGCUUCGAGCAGAUGACGUUGAGAGGCUGGGAGGACACGUUCAGGGCUCGCGGCUACCCGAGCUUGGGUAGGGUGGUCGCUCCGCCGCCCCCCCGCUUGUUCUCGCGCGCCGAGCUGCGGGCUUUCGACGGGCGAUCAGCUCAUGUCGCCGGGCCCGAAUACGAGGAAACGGAACGAAGAGCGGGGGCGGGGAGGGAAGAACGUGAGGUAGGAGGUGGAGAACCAGGAGAACAGGUCGCGGCGUUGGGGCGGCACGAAGAACAACCUGCCGAGUCGCUGCCGCCAGAGCAGGAGGCGAAGGCAACGGCGAACGCGGUGUGCUUUAGCAACUACGCCGCUCGGCCAAUCUACAUGGGCGUGAAGGAUAAGGUAUUCGACGUUUCCUUCGGGGGCUCGGAGUUCUACCUGGAGGGCGGGCCGUACGAGUGCCUCGCGGGCAGAGACGCUUCACGCGUACUGGCCAAGAUGUCGAUGGCGAGCGAGGACAUCGAGGGGGUCUUGGACUAUUCUUGUCUGACGGACCGGGAGGAAAAGAACCUGGCUGAUUGGGUGGCGAAGCUCGGGGAGGGAGGCAAAGGGUAUCCCGUCGUUGGUUGGAUAGACCUUGGUUCGUACCGGAGCGGACGUUGAAGAGUGAACCGCGCGAGCAAGCAAGCGCGUUCACGCACCGUUUCCCUUUGUUGGAUUGUCGUGUUGCUGUUUCUGCCGCAUAGAAUGGUGGAAACAUUGGACGCUUCCCCCACCCCCUCCGCCGCCGCUGCUGCACUGCGCAUUCCUUUUUUUCAUACCAGACGAUUUGUUGUCUUUCCCCCCCUUCCCGUUGAGUUGGGGUGUAGCUAGGCGUUCGCGUUGUGUACUGGGUGAGAUAUGCUCUGGUUGACGACAAGUGGUGCUUCAGCGUUGUAUACCGUGGCGCACAGCUCCGGCCGCGGCACUGCUGUGAUGCCGUGUGGAUCGGUUGGGUUUUUGCCGUUCACUACUGUGCCAGUGAUGUCCAUCUUCUGGGUGUCGUGCUCGAAGGAGGAGGACGGUCUACAGCAGUGCUCCCGUAGAAGAUGCAAGUGCCCGCUACUUUCCCGCUGGCCGUUUUUUCGAUCCUCACCACGAUGUUGAUUUGGCAGACUUAGCCGACGUUAGGAAAACAAGUCAAGGCGCUGCGGCACAGCAGUGCGUCCUUCUUUGAUCUAUCUACCGUUGACCUGGUUCCGGGGCUGCCUACUGUAGUUUUCCAGUGCAUGUCGGUGAUUCCAUCGACACCACUGCGAGAGUUGUGGCCUACAAGUUCGGUAGUGCACGAGGUCACUGUGUUUACUACCCGAGGUUUCCGUGCAACAUCUGACGUUGAUGUUGUUGCGCACGGCGGAGGGUUUCUUCUGCGUGGCCCGGUUCUCGGAACGGCGUGCGUACACCAGCGUUGGCGACUUGUUUGCGGUCACCCCAAGAGUUGAAUAGUUUCUGGGUGUUCGUUGCAGGAAGACACGAAACCAAAGCAAAAG